CCCCGCCUGGGACUUUAAAGCGCCAUUUUGUGCCGGGCGGCAGGAUAUCGAUCGUCGCUCCGCAGUCGGCGAGCCGGUGGUUGGGUGCGGUGAGGUGGCGGACGCCCGCGGGCGGCCGAGCCGCGGCCGGCGCCUCUCGUCGGCGCCCGCACACGGCGUCUCUGUCCCCUCAGACCUGCCGUUCUGUCUCCAUGACCCGCAGUAGGAAGCAGGCGGCGCUGGAGAGAGGAGCCGGCGAGAUGAACCAAGAGGCGGGGAGCGCGGCGGCGGCGGAAGCCCGGGCGGCGGCGGGGGCAGUCGGCGGCGGAGCGGCGGCCGCCGCCUGGGGGCUGGAAGGGGAGGCGGAGAAAGUUGUGUACUCGCGGUCGCGGGUCUCCUUCGCCGGCACCAAGGCGCUGGGCGACGCCCUCAAGCUCUUCAUGCCCAAGUCCACGGAGUUCAUGAGCUCCGACUCGGAGCUGUGGAACUUCCUCUGCAGCCUCAAGCACGAGUUCUCCCCGGUCAUUCUCCGCAGCAAGGACGUCUACGGAUACGCCUCCUGCCGCGCCGUCGUCCCGGACCCGCCGUCGCCUUCGGCGGGGUGGCCUUGCCGCCGGGCCGGCAAGCGGCGCUUCCCGGCCGCCGGCGCCAAGCGCCGGGCCGCGGCGGCGGGGGGCAGCGCCAAGCGGCGGAGGCGGCGGCGGCGCCGCAGGAGGGGCCGGGGGGGGCAGCGGCAAGCGGCCGCUGCACCGGCGGCCGACGGCCCCCCCGGCGAGGGGGUGGCGGCGGAGAGGGCGGCGGCGCUGGGGUCGCCGGGCGAGGAUGCGGACAGCGGCCGGGGCAGCCCGGCGGAGGGGCCCGCCUGGGAGCCGUUCGGGGGCAAGUCGCUGGAGGAGAUCUGGGAGGCGGCCACCCCCCGCCUCACCACCUUCCCCACCAUCCGGGUGCGGGGCAGCAUCUGGAACCGGCGGAGCCUGACGGCGGCGCGGCGCCAGGCGCAGCGGAUCCUCGGCGUGGACCUGUCUCCCGUGGUGCGGGUGCGCCGCUUUCCCGUGGCGCCGUCCUGAGCCCGCGGCGGGAGGGGGGGAGGCCGGCGCCUCACCUUGGCCGCGGUGCGGACAAAGAGACCGAUAUCAGUCACCUGUUUACAUUGCUUUUGUCUGGAUCGUGUUCUGCUGCUGCACUUUAUGGCCCGCUCGUGCGGGGGCCGGGCCCCCCAGCCGCUCGGGGGCCGCCUGCCGGGCCGCCGCGCAGCCAGGGCCCCGGGCUGGGCCCGGCCCGUCCCCGCCGGGGCGCGGGCAGGUGCGAGGGACCAUCUGGCAGGUGUCACCCGUGGGGACCAAGUUCCACUUCCACUUCUUUUUCCUCUCCCAUUGGGCUACCUCACUGGUCCAGAAGUCCACCCAAGAAGUUAUUUUCCAAAGGAACUUACUUUCAUGCUUGUAUAAUAAAGCACCGCCUGAUUCUUGCUAUUUUUUUUUCUCCCCCUCUUUUCCGAUGGGUUAUGUAUGCUUUGUGGUGUUGCACUAGUAUGUGCUCAGGGUAUUUUGAAUCCCAAGCAUUCCCAAGUUUCAGUUCACUCUGAUCAAGGAUGCAUAAAGAAUGGAGGUUCAGGACUUGUGGCUGUUCUUGAUGGUGCAAAAACUUUUCAAUUUCAUGGGCUUAGUGAUAUAUAAAGAUGUAUUGCGCAGUAUAAUUGUUACGCUUUUGUAUCUAAAGUCAUUUUUAAAGUUUUCUAGUUGAAUAAGUAUUUGUUUCUAUUGAGCACCUAAAGAUAGAAUUGUCCUGAUAUUUUAUAAGCCUGUUUACUUUAGGGAAGCUCAUUUGGUCAACAGAAUUGAACUUAAUAAAAGUCAAAGAACAA